AUGGUCAAAUCCUAUCGCAAGUACGAGCAGUCGGCCACCUUCGGUCUUGUCAACACUGCACUUUCCAACCUCGUCUGGACCCCCGACAACCUCGUCUCGUCGUCCUCGCGCAACACUGGCGCCGGCAGAGUCUACGUCGGCGCCAACGAGCAUGUCCUGGCCUGGGAUGUGAAGAAGGGCGAGCUGCUGAGUCGCUGGCACGACCAAGACUGCAAGUCCCAGGUCUCGGCCAUCGCUCAGUGCUCUGCUCAGCCCGAUCUAUUCGCUGUCGGAUACCAGGAUGGAAGCAUUAGAGUCUGGGAUGCCCUGUCUAACAACCCAAUCAUGAGCUUCAAUGGCCAUCGCUCCGCUAUCACCCACCUGAUCUUCGACUCCGAGGGAGCAAGACUUGCCAGUGGCUCAAAAGACACCGACAUCAUCAUCUGGAACCUGCUCUCCGAAACUGCCGAGUUCCGUCUCAGAGGACACAAGGACCAAAUCACUGGCCUCCACUUCGUUCGCACAAGGCCCUCCGGUCGCCAGUCGCCUCACACUGACGAGGCGGUCGAUGUUACCUCGGGCGAACCAGAAGAAUUUGAGGAAAAAUACCUGCUCUCCACCAGCAAGGAUGCUCUAAUCAAGAUCUGGGACCUCUCGACCCCUCACUGUAUCGAAACACAUGUCGCUCAGACAAACGGCGAGUGCUGGGCUCUCGGUGUCUCUCCAGACGGCAUGGGCUGCAUCACUGCUGGCAACGACGGUGAGCUGAAAGUCUGGUCGCUCGAUCUGGACAGUCUGGCCGAGUUUGGCGCAAACAUUGCCGAAGCAAAGCAGUCCAACUCUCUCACCGCACAUGGUGUUCUCCUCCGUCAAAGCAAGGACCGAACUUUGAGCGUCGCCUUCCACCCCAAGGGCGAAUACAUUGCCGUUCACGGCUCCGAAAAGGCUGUCGAGAUUUGGCGAAUUAGAUCAGACGAGGAGGUACAAAAGAGCUUGGCUAGAAAGAGAAAGAGAAGAAGAGAAAAGGCUGCUGCUGCCGGUGCUUCGGUGGCCGAAGUUGAGAAAGAGGAGGAGAACACGACACCCGACGUAGCAGAGGUCUUUGUCUCGUAUGUCAUUGUCCGCACUGGUGGAAAGGUCCGAUCCGCUGCUUGGGCUGCUAGCAGAUCUUCCAAGAACGUAGAGCUGGUCUGCUCCACCACCAACAACCAGAUCGAGUCCUACACCAUUACCAGCCGAGAAAAGUCAAAGAAGGCAACGGCCGAGGCUCCUGAGUACAACCGCGCUCUGGCUGUCGACAUGCCUGGACACAGAACUGAUAUUCGCGCUCUGGCUCUGAGCUCCGACGACCGCAUGCUUGCAUCUGCCUCUGCUGGACUCCUCAAGAUCUGGAACGUCAAGACCCAGAGCUGUCUCAGAACUCUCGAGUGUGGUCAGUCGCUCUGCUGCACAUUCUUGCCCGGUGACAAGAUCGUCCUUGUGGGAACCAAGACUGGAGAGCUUGAGCUCUACGAUAUUGCAUCUUCUGCUCUGAUUGACAAAUUCCAAGCGCACGAUGGUGCCGUGUGGACUCUCCAAGUUCACCCUGAUGGAACAUCAGUCGUGACUGGAGGUGCCGACAAGGCUGCGAAGUUCUGGAAGUUCGACAUUGUCCAGGAAGAGAUCCCUGGUACCCGAAGAACUACACCCAAGCUGAAGCUUACCCAAACUCGCAUCCUCAAGGUCGCAGACGAUGUUCUGAGUGUCUGCUUCUCACCCGACUCCCGCCUUCUCGCUCUCUCUACUCUCGACAACACCGUCAAGGUCUUCUUUGUCGACACUCUCAAACUCUUCCUCACCCUCUAUGGCCACAAGCUUCCCGUCCUCAACAUUUCUAUCUCAUCAGACAGCAAACUCAUCGCCACUUGCAGUGCAGACAAGAACGUCCGCAUCUGGGGCUUGGAUUUUGGUGACUGCCACAAAGCAUUUUUCGCACAUCAAGACAGUGUUAUGCAAGUCUUGUUCAUUCCUCACCCUGUCGAGAAGGAGGAACAACAUCUUUUCUUCAGUGCCAGUAAAGACUCGGUUGUCAAGACCUGGGACGGUGACAAGUUUGAGCAGAUCCAGAAGUUGGAAGGUCAUCACGGAGAGGUGUGGGCUAUGGUUGUCAGCAGGACUGGCGAAAAGGUCAUCACAGCAAGUCACGACAAGAGUAUCCGCGUCUGGGAUGUCACAGACGACCUCAUCUUCCUGGAAGAAGAAAGAGAGAAGGAGCUCGAACAAAUGUAUGAAUCAACACUGGCCACUCAACUCGACAAAGAUCAUGCCGAUGACGACGAAGGCGCCGAGGACGAUGUCGCUGCCGCGUCUAAACAGACGAUAGCUACCUUGACAUACGGUGAACGCAUCUUGGAAGCGCUUGAGCUCGGCUACGCAGACUAUCAAGUCAUGCAAGCAUGGCAAGCUGAAAAGGCAACGAAACCUAAUCUCGCACCGCCGCAACGAAACCCAGUAUUCACAUAUGGCAACCUCAGUGCUGAGCAACACGUCUUGCAGACCAUUCGCAGGAUCCCCAAUGCAUCUCUCAACGAUGCUUUGAUGGUGGUGCCCUUCUCAUCUUUACCAGUUCUCUUCAUGUUUGUUUCGGUCUUUAUACAGCGUCGCAUGCAACCGCAACUAGCAUGGCGCGUCUUCUACUUCUUGCUACAGACACACAACGCACAAAUCGUGGCCAGCAAACAGCUCAAGGAUGUAUUGAGCGAGGUGCUCGAAGCCUAUGGCCAAUUCGUCAAGGAAGAAAAGAACAUGCUCGGAUUCAAUAUGGCCGCUCUGGGACUCAUGGGCAGAGAGAUCAAGGAAGCACAAGUUCAUGGCAUGGACGACGAGCCAGAAGAACAAGAAGAAAAGCUGGAAAGGGGAACCAAAAAGCGCGCGUUUGCUUCUAUUGCAUAA